AUGUGCAACAUUAAGGCUCUAUGUGCAAGUGUAUCGUGUAAUUUUCCAGGCGGUGGUGAAUUUUCGAUUUCCAUUGGAAGUGAUAAUGUGCAAGUGGUACGAGAUUUGUGCAAAACAGUAACUACACUAGGUGCUCUUUACGUUGGUUAUAAAUUAGUAAAACCAUUAAUCGAGAGUGCAGUUAAAAAAAGUCUUGGUGAUGAACGAGAUGACACAGAAGUUCGAGGUAUCCGACCAGGAUCAUUGCAUGUUCUGUUACAUUGUUUUACAGAUGAGCGAUUUCUUGAAGUUUUAGCGGAUUAUGAAUCUGGAAGUAUGAGAGAAUGCUUUCAGAAGGAAUUCGUACAGGUUGGAAUUAAAGUAGAAGGACUGAAAGUGGAAAUUGAAAACAUGGCAGAGGUAAACGAAACAAAGGAAACCAUAAACAAAAGGUAUUGUAGAUGUUGAAUUUAUGAAAAAUAUAACUCGUGCGGUUUAUGAAAAAUAAGACUUCUGCGAUCCUCGGGAAGGAACGUGAGGCUCUGGGAUAAUCUGUUUCAGGGAGAAAUCUGAUUUGCCGUUGAACUGGAAUGCGUAGUUCAAUCUUAGCCAGGAUUCCUGGCUUCCGGUAACUGAUUAUCCCAGAGCCUCGCGUUCCUUUCCGAGGAUCGCAGGCUCGGGGAACGAGAUUGGACUUCGCCCGCAGAUUUUAUCGUAUUAGUAAAUAUCCUCGUUCCCAGACCCGCAUUAUAUUACGUGAAUGGGCCUAUGCAAUUUUUCUCGAUGUGGUAAAUGAAUGCUUGUUACGAAAAUGCAGUGUAAAAAUAGUAAUGCAUUUCCUAUACGGGGAAUAGGAACAGGAAAAAGAUUUGCAUUGCAAAAAAAGUGUUAUUCAGUAAUAACUGUUAUUAGUAUUUUUACACAAGUGAAUAUAACAAACCCUACAAGUUGAUUGGUCAACUUUGACGUAUUAAGCUGUUAUAUUGGGGGGCAAUUAUUCGUGCUUCGUGAUUAAUAUGCGUGCCGUGAAUGGUGAAGACCUAAAAUGCCAGCUAGGGUCUUGAAUUUACCAAUAUUUUACCCUAACUUGUGAAUGUUUACGUUUAGGUAAAUAAAUGAAUAAAUUUGCCUCCCGUGGUUGACUUCCUUGAGUUCUCUCCGGCUCCGCUUCAUCGUAAACGUCGGUGUCGUAUACCUUCGUACCUCUUCGUAGACUUCGUAAACCGUCGUAUAAUGCUCUCGUAACGUUUCGUAAUACCUCGCAAUGAUUUUCAUAGUCGUUUAAAAUCUCUAAUGUUAAAUUAGUAAAAUAUGUUUGUGUUAACAUCGAGUUCUGCUGUCUAGAAAAUCGUUAAAUAUGGUCAGACUGUGUUGCGCUUCUGUGGUUUUAAAAAUCGUGUAAAUGACAUUUUGUUUUUCGUCGCCCCUGAAAUCUAAAAAUAAUCCUCGUUAUUUCGUGUCGAUACUCCCCCCCCCCUGCCCUCUCCCUCUACAGGGUGUCCCAAAAAAACCCGAAAAAUAUUGAAAUCACCAUUCACAUUUUAACAAUGGUGAUUUCAAUAGUUUUCUUUUUUUGAGACACCCAAAUAUAUGGGUGAAUAUAUAACAAAAGGCAAAUAUAUAACAAAACCGACAUUUGCAAAGUGGCGGCUAGCCGUUUUGUGGAAGUUACUGAUAAAGAAAUAAGCGAAAUUAAAUUCAAAAGCAAAAGACGUGUGUAAAAUUACUAAAACAAUUAUUCGCCUCUGCAGGCUCGGUGAUUAUCGGGGAAUAUUCACCGAGACGAAAUCGAGGUGAAUAUUCCCCGAUAAUCACAUCGCCUUCGGCGAAUAAUUGUUAAAUAUUGUUUCAAUGCGGAUCUCUAUAUAAGAAGGAUGUUUGUGAGGACAUGAAGAAUAUUGUAAUAAAUGAUGCGAAGAAUGACAUGGAGAAAAAUUUGCAGGUAAACAAAUGUAUGAUAUAUGCAAAUAAACAUGCAACAGUAAAUUAUAAUAAGAAAAAUAAAAUGCUGCUUUUCAAAAGGCCGUGUGCUUACGCUGAAAUUAGGCUACAUUAAUUAAUAUCAAUACGGUACACGACAAUACAUGACACGCCUAAUACAUUUAAUACGCUAUAAACCCGCUAUAUCAAUUCAUUGAAUUGGUUUAAUUUUUCUUUAAUUAUUUCUUCAAAAUACUUUGUGAGUUCCGGUUUUUGGCGGCGGCAUAACUAAACGAUUAUUUCGUUGCAUCGGUUUUUAGUUAAGCUAACCUCAGCAUUAACUUGUUACUUCUUAAAUUAUGGUUAUCAUUGUAGGAAAACUGAAACAUUUCAGUUAUUCUUUCCGGGCAAUUUUUAUUAACAUAAGAAAUAGUUUGAGACUGAAUUAGUUCGCCUUUCUUCGAGAUUAUUCCAGCCUAGCUAAUUAACAGAUCUUACGAUCUUGAUCUUAUGUCGUAUGUAUCUCCCGUUAUAACUCUUGCCACUCUAUUUUGAAGCCGAUGACUUUUGUUUUUAGUCUUUGGCUACAAUUAUUCGAAAAAAGGGAACACUAAACCAUGAAGUCCAUGAAUUGGUUUCCUUUCCAACGAAUCUGUAGGUUUCCUAAGUUAGCAUGUUUAUUAAGAAGAAAAACUUAAAAUGUAAAGGAAAGCAAAUUAAUUUGAAGACAGACUUACUCUGUUAAUUAAAAACAGUUUUGUAAUAUCGGCAAAUGUAGUCUUUAAUUGAAUGAACAUACCAAAAUAUUUUACCAAGCAUUUCAAGUUAAAUUUUACAUUAAAGCAGCUCACAAAAUGCAAAAUAAAAUACCUGCAUAUAUAUUUCUGAAAAUCAUUCUUGUACCAACCUUUAAAUAGUACCAACCUUUAAAUUAUUUUUGUCAUUAUAUACAAAAAAUAUAAAAAUAAUAAAAAUUUUACAUAUUGUGUUGUCAAGGUAACACACGAGGCACAACGCGAGCCUGCGUUCAAUGUUGGCCAUUUCCGAAAACUUCAUGUUAAAUCAAUGUUUGGAAAAUAUAGGCGAGGGGGUUGCUGCAUGCAUGCAUUUCUAGUUAUAAUUUCAGCGCGGCCCGUGAAACGGAAAUACAACUUGAAUCAUCAAAUCAAAGUUCUCCUAGUUGCAUGCUUUGCACGUUUAGCGGGUUAUUUGUUUUUCUUUAUAUGGCCAAGCAUGCACAUGGCGCGAGCGUUCAAGUAAAAACCCGAUAUUUUGAAAAAUUUUACCUUUACUCCUAUUGACUUGCGGCGAAUAACGAAAAGUUUAGAAGAUAUACAAGUUUUUUCUUUAUAUAAAAUACAGAAUGUUUGGCCAAGCGGUGAGAAAAUAUAUGAUUGUUUGGUUUGUGUAAUGUUUUGACGGCAUUUGAUCCCCACUUGUCAAGAUUUCAAUGGUGUUUUUCGUUUUAAGAGGGGGGGAGGAUGUAAUUAAAUGCACACUGAGAUAUUUACAAUGAGAAGGUCAAUUUAAUUGCUAAUUUCCCGACUAGUCAUGUUAUUAGUUUGUAAUAUUAUGAUCACCGAGCUGUGACUGAGGUAUCGGGCGAGGUGUGUUGGUCUGUUUUGAAUGCUGUUUGAUUGUCUUUUGAUUGUGGGAUGCCACAAUUGAAAUGUUCAGGAUUGCGGAAUAAAAACUGGCAAAGUGAUUGUUCGAAUGCGUACGAGACGGUGUCGUCAGACACUGUCCAUAGUUGCGCCGAUGAUUUUCGAUAAGGUACAGCUCUCCAAUGAGAGGUAAUGAGGUACGCUUACAAAAGCGUAUGCAUGGGUAAUGAGGGAAAUACGGGAUUUACAUUCCCUCUCAGAACAAUGAAAAUCGAUGUGAUCAUGUUAUUACCAAACAUUAUUUCAACCAGACCUAGGUUCGUACAAAACUUGAAAUUCCUUGAAAGUCCUUGCAUUUGGAAACACAAAUUCAAGGCCUUGGUAGUCCUUGAAUGCAUACAGAAGUGAUUGAAAGUCCUCAAAUGGCUCUUGCUUUUUAGUAGAUAUUUUAUGAACUUGUUUGUCAUUAAGAAUUGAACAUUUUGUAAACUGAUUUUGUUAAUGUCUUACAGAGGCCAAGGCUUUUGUAAUUCAUUAAAGUUGCCGUAAAUAUGUAUACUCUAGUUAGUGUGCCUAGAGUAUACUUAUAGUAUAAACCAUACGUCCGAAUACGUGCAAUAUUUGUAAGCAUGAUUUAAAAACGUUUCUUCCUAGCAGUUUGCCAGCGUAUUCCAGCACAUGUAACCGUGCUUGAAACGUGUACAACCUAUGCCUAACGUAUAAGUGAUAUUUUUCAUACGCUGGCAUAUAAUUUUAUAGAUGCUACUUUCCUGUGUGAUUUUUCGAUGAUUAUUUUGUAAAAAAAAUUUAACAGCAACUGAUUAUUUACUGUUGUAAAUUGUAAACUUGUGAAACUCGUUGAAGUUUUUGAAUAAAUAAAUAUUUGCAUGGUGAUGACUGAUGAAGUGCACCUGUUUAAAGUUUCUACAUCUUUGCACAAGUUAUAACUGUAUGUGACAUUGUGUUUACAACACGGAAACAACUAUGUUCUUGAAUAAAUUAAAGAAAUUUAAAUUUUCACCUGAUACCACUCACUUAGCUUAUAAAUUUAUUCUGAUCAACCCGAAAUAGCAUUUUCAGGCAAAUAAAAUGCUUUCACAAAAUAACCUAACUUAUCGACCUUGCUACAUUCUGUUAUUAGAGUAAAAGAGAAGCGAAAACGAAAAACAAGUAUUCAGAAUUGGAAUCGAAACAAAAGGCACUUGAAACAAGUUUGGACAUGUACGGGGAAGACUGUACUGACAAUGUUGAAAUUUUGGAAAGGUUGAAUAACAUUGGAGUCACGCAACGUGGGAUGAAAGAUUGCAAGUCAGCUUUAGUGUCGUAUGAACAUGCUCUUCAAAUCAGAUCGAAAUUGCUUGGGGAAAACGAUUCUGACACUGCUGACAGUUAUAGCAGCAUUGGGAUCACACAAUACCAGAUGAACGAUUACAAAUCAGCAUUAGCAUCACAUCAACAUGCUCUUUACAUUAGAUUAAAACUGUUUGGAGAAGACCAUUCCGACACUGCUGAAGUUAUAACAACAUUGGAGUUAUACAACAUGAUAUUAAAGAUUUCAAAUCAGCGUUAGAGACAAAGCAAAAGGUUCUAAAAAUCAGAUUCAACUUGUACGGAGAAGACCAUUCUGAGACAGCUAAAUCUUUUGUCAGCAUUGGAAUCACACAACAAGUGACGCGAGACUUCAAGUCAGCAUUAGAAUCGAAACAAAAAGCUCUGCAAAUCAGAUUAAAAGUGUUUGGGGAAAACCAUCCUGACACUGCUGAAAGCUAUAGCAGCAUUGGAAUCACACAAUACCAGAUAAAGAAUUACAAGACAGCGUUAGCUUCACAUCAACAUGCUCUUCACAUCAGAUUAAAACUGUUUGGAGAAGACCAUUCUGACACUGCUGACAGUUAUAACAAAAUUGGAGUUAUACAACACGAUAUUAAAGAUUUCAAAUCAGCAUUAGAGACAAAGCAAAAGGUUCUAAAAAUUAGAUUACGUUUGUACGGAGAAGACCAUUCUGAGACAGCUAAAUCUUAUGUCAGCAUUGGAAUCACACAACAAGUGAUGAGAGAAUACAAGUUAGCUUUAGAAUCGAAACAAAAAGCUCUGCAAAUCAGAUUAAAAGUGCUUGGAGAAGAUCAUUCUGACACUGCUCGAAGUUAUUACAACACUGGAGUCACACAAUACGAGAUGAAAGAAUAUGAGACAGCAUUGGAGUCACUUCGACAUGCUCUUCAAAUCAGAUCAAAGCUGCUUGGAAGAGACCAUCCUGACACAGCUCGAAGUUAUGAAAGCAUCGGAUUUACACAAGAUAAAAUGAAAGAUUACAAGUCAGCACUAGAUUCGAAACAAAAAGCUCUUCAAAUUAGAAAAAAACUUUUUGCAGAAGACCAUCCUGACACUGCUGAAAGUUAUAACAACAUUGGAGUCACACAACACGAAAUGAAAGAUUACAAAUCAGCAUUAACGUCACAUCAACAUGCUCUUCAAAUCAGGUUAAAAUUGUUUCGAGAAAACCAUCCUGAAACGGCUGAAAGUUAUAACAACAUUGGAGUUACACAAUACGAAAUGAAAGAUUACAAGUCAGCAUUAGCGUCACAUCAAAAUGCUCUUCAUAUCAGAUUAAAAUUGUACGGAGAAGACCAUUGUGACACGGCUAAAUCUUUUGACAGUAUCGGAAUCACACAACAAGCUAUUGGAGACUACAGGUCAGCAUUACGAUCGAAACAGAAAGCUCUACAAAUCAGAUUAAAUCUGUUUGGAGAAGAUCAUUCCGACACAGCACAAAGUUAUGACGGAAUCGGAAUAACACAAGGUAAAAUGGAUAAUUACAAAUCUGCAUUAGACUCAGAUAAAAAAGCUCUUCAAAUCCGAUUAAAAGUUUUUGGAAAAGACCAUCCUGACACUGCUCGAAGUUAUCACAACACUGGAGUCGCACAAUACAAGAUGAAAGAUUACAAGACAGCAUUGGUAUCACAUCAACAUGCUCUUCAAAUAAGAUUAAAGCUGUUUGCAGAAGACCAUCCUGACACAGCUCGAAGUUAUGACAGCAUCGGAAUCACACAAGAUAAUAUGAGAGAUUACAAGUCAGCAUUAGAGUCAAAACAAAAAGCUCUUCACAUCAGAUUAAAUUUGUUUGGAGAAGACCAUCAUGAAACUGCUGAAAGUUAUAACAGCAUUGGAGUCACGCAACAUGAAAUGAAAAACUAUCAGUUAGCAUUAGAGUCGAAAGAAAAAGCUCUCCAGAUUAGACUAAAAUUGUUUGGAAAAGAUCACUCUGACACUGCUGCAAGUUAUAAUAGCAUUGGUAUCACACAACAUCAGAUGAAAAACUAUAAGUCUGCAAUAAAGUCACAUGAACAUGCGCUUCAGAUCAGAUUGGAAUUGUAUGGAGAGAAUCAUCCUGACACAGCUGAAACGUAUCGUGCAAUUGGGGUCAUUCGACGUGUGAUGAAAGACUACAAAGCUGCGUUAAAUUUGCAUCAAUAUGUGGUACAAACUAUUUCAAAGUGGUAUGGAGAAUACCAUUCCAAAACAGCUCUUAGCUACUGGAGCAUUGGAAUCACACAACGUGAGAUGAAAGAUUACAAGUCAGCGUUAGUGUCGCUUCAAUAA